GAAAACUCCAUCGUCUUAUUCUCUCCCAAAAAUAAGGUUCAGCCGCCAUUUUCAUGCUCCUUUCCCUCUCAAUUUUGAGCUUGUAGUGUUUUUUCUUCUUCUUCCACAUGUUACGAAUUAGGGGUCUUCACACUUACUGGUUCUUAUUCCCUAUGUUUCAAAUUUUUGACACCCUGGAAUUAGAAUCACCCAAAGUUAAAUUCAGAUCCUUUAAUUUCCUCAUUCUCUUUUAUUGUUCUUCCUGAAGAAAAAAAGAAGGGUGUUACAAUGUCUCAAGCUAGUUGUUCGUCUCAAGAAUGUGCUUUGAAGCGUACUUGUCUUUUGGGAUUGGUUGCCAAUUACUUUACGGCUUACACUCUUGAAAAUGGGGUCAGAGGUUCUACAAAGGUCUCAGAUCUGAUGAUGAAGUCUCAAGCGGAUGUUUUGAAGUUUGAACAACAGAAAUUUAAGAAAAACUUGGAAACAAUGGAGGUUAUUAAUCAACUUGAAGGGACCAAAUCAAUCAAGUUGGAGGCAUCAAUUGAUGUGGUUAAUCUAGAGAGGGACAUAUUGAUGCAAAAAGUGAAAGAAAUGGAGGCUACAAAUCAAAUUCAAAGGACCAAAGCCGUGAAAUUGGAAGAGGAGUUAUUGUUGAUGAAGGCCAUUAUUAUGAUAUCUUGGUUCUUAUUUGCUUGCAUCUUUUCUUUGCUUGUGUAAUGAGUUGUUGGGUUAUUUUGUGAUGAAGUAGGUUGACUUGUAUUUCUUGAUGAACUAAAUUGAUGUAGCAAGUUAACUUGUAUGAUGAACUAAAUUGGAAUGAAUGUAAUGUAUGCUUC